GUGGGCGAGGCCUUCUCCCAGGCGAACGCCAUAACCGAGCUCAACAUAAUCGCCUCCGCGCCCCCUGAGGAGCACGUCUUCCGGGUGGACAACUUCGACGCCCUGCAGGGCAUCCAGAACCAGCUGGAGGAGAAGAUCUUCGCCAUCGAGGGCACCCAGUCCUCCAGCAGCAGCUCCUUCCAGCUGGAGAUGGCCCAGGAGGGCUUCAGCGCCCUGCUCACCCCCGAGGGGCCCGUACUGGGAGCGGUGGGUGCCUACGACUGGUCCGGAGGGGUGUUCCUCUACGGGGAGACCAAGGAACCGACCUUCAUCAAUGUGUCCCAAGCUGCCGGCGAUAUGAAUGAUGCCUACUUGGGUAAGAGCUGCCCACCCCAGGGACAUCAGUGUCCCAGCAAGCGUCCUGGGGAUGUUGGCACCCCUGCGAGGAUCCUCACGUGGGGCUGGAGACGUUGGUGUCCCCAUGGGGAUUCUGGGCACAUCAGCGUCCCAGUGAAGGUCUCCACGUGGUGCUGGAGACGUUGGUGCCCCCAUGGGGAUUCUGGGCACAUCAGCGUCCCAGUGAAGGUCUCCACGUGGUGCUGGAGACGUUGGUGCCCCCAUGAGGACUCUGGGCACAUCAGCGUCCCAGUGAAGGUCUCCACGUGGUGCUGGAGACGUUGGUGCCCCCAUGAGGACUCUGGGCACAUCAGCGUCCCAGUGAAGGUCUCCACGUGGUGCUGGAGACGUUGGUGCCCCCAUGAGGACUCUGGGCACAUCAGCGUCCCAGUGAAGGUCUCCACGUGGUGCUGGAGACGUUGGUGCCCCCAUGAGGACUCUGGGCACAUCAGCGUCCCAGUGAAGGUCUCCACGUGGUGCUGGAGACGUUGGUGCCCCCAUGAGGACUCUGGGCACAUCAGCGUCCCAGUGAAGGUCUCCACGUGGUGCUGGAGACGUUGGUGCCCCCAUGAGGACUCUGGGCACAUCAGCGUCCCAGUGAAGGUCUCCACGUGGUGCUGGAGACGUUGGUGCCCCCAUGAGGACUCUGGGCACAUCAGCGUCCCAGUGAAGGUCUCCACGUGGUGCUGGAGACGUUGGUGCCCCCAUGAGGACUCUGGGCACAUCAGCGUCCCAGUGAAGGUCUCCACGUGGUGCUGGAGACGUUGGUGCCCCCAUGAGGACUCUGGGCACAUCAGCGUCCCAGUGAAGGUCUCCACGUGGUGCUGGAGACGUUGGUGCCCCCAUGAGGACUCUGGGCACAUCAGCGUCCCAGUGAAGGUCUCCACGUGGUGCUGGAGACGUUGGUGCCCCCAUGAGGACUCUGGGCACAUCAAGCCUGGCCCGCCUCGGCGACGUCAAUGGGGACGGGCGGGCUGA